GUGCUUCCCUCUUUUUAACCUACACUCACCUCCUUGCCCGCCCAAUUCCACCCGCCCCAUUGCACGCCCUGGUCCUCUAGUUGCUGUCCAACGCCAGCGGGUCGGGUCUCCGCUCCACACCCCCAGCAUGGCUACCGCCUCGCGGGAAUCAGAGCUGAAGCAGCAAGGUGUCCUCGAAGCAGCACAAGACCCCAACAAUUCUAUUACCGCGCGCCAGGCAGAGCAAUCAAUUGUCAACCAGGCGCAAGCCGCGGGCAGCGUCGCCUAUCAAUUCGACCCGGAUGCCAGUCCUGAGCAGAAGCGGGCACAGGCUAGAGCCAAACUUCCACCUGGCUUCCACCGCGAGCACAAAGCGACCGCACUCGUAUCAGACGCCGACGCCGACGGUCCUGCCCAAUACGACCUGCCCACGCCCACCAAGGCUGGCGUAAUCCAGACACCAGACGGUACAAAGGCAAACGGUCACGCGUCCGAGCAACUCGACGAAGAUGCGCGGUGGGAGCGAGUUGGAUGGGCCCCACGGUUUGGCAUGCCAGGUUCGGAGAACAAGGACGAGGACGAGCCCUCUUUGGCAGACCAUCAGACAUGGCUCGAGGGCAAGCUCGAGGACAAGUUCUUUGGUGACUGGUACCACAAUACCGGCAUCAUCAUCUUUGCCUGUCUGAGCUCGUGGGUAGUGGGCAUCCUUGGUGGCGGACUAGGGUGGAUCAUGAUCUUCAUGGCCAUCUGUGGAACCUACUACCGGACAUCCAUUCGCCGCGUGCGUCGCAACGCUCGAGAUGAUCUCAAUCGCGAAAUGGCCAAGAACAAACUGGAGACGGACAAUGAGAGUCUCGAGUGGAUCAACAGCUUCCUGGUAAAGUUCUGGCCCAUUUAUGCGCCCGUCUUGUGUGACACCAUUGUUGGCACCGUCGACCAGGUCCUGUCUACUUCAACCCCGGCAUUCCUUGAUAGUCUGAAGAUGACGACGUUUGUGCUGGGAACGAAGCCUCCGCGGCUAGAGCAUGUCAAGACGUACCCAAAGACCCAGGACGACAUUGUUCUUAUGGAUUGGAAGUUUAGCUUCACGCCAAACGACACGGCCGACCUUACUGCAAGGCAGGUCAAGAACAAGAUUAACCCCAAGGUUGUGCUAGAAAUCCGCGUCGGCAAAGGCCUUGUUAGCAAAGGUUUGGAUGUCAUCGUCGAGGAUAUGGCCUUUUCAGGUCUCAUGCGCCUCAAGUUCAAGCUACAGCUACCCUUUCCCCACAUUGAAAAAGUCGAAAUGUCCUUUAUGGAACGCCCAACCAUUGAUUACGUUUGCAAGCCGUUGGGCGGUGAGACUUUUGGCUUCGAUAUCAACUUCAUUCCGGGAUUGGAAACGUUUAUCAUGGAGCAGAUCCAUGCUAAUCUCGGCCCCAUGAUGUACGAACCCAAUGUUUUCCCCAUUGAAAUCGCCAAGAUGCUUGCUGGUAAUCCCGUCGAUCAGGCUAUUGGUGUUUUGCAAAUUCAUUUCCACGGCGCACAAGGCCUGAAGAAUCCCGACAAGUUCUCUGGCACUCCUGACCCCUACGCUACUGUUUCAAUCAACAAUCGCAAUGUACUUGGACGCACUAAGACUGUGCAUGAGAAUGCUAACCCGAGAUGGAACGAAACUGUCAACAUUAUUGUCACCUCGCUGAAAGACUCGCUUACCAUUAAUAUCUUUGAUUACAAUGAUAUCCGAAAGGAUAAGGAACUCGGUACCGCUACUUUCGCUCUGGAACAGCUCGAGGAGGAUCCCGAUCAUGAGAACUUACAGCUCGAGGUCAUGUCAGGCGGGCGAGCCCGGGGUCUGGUUUCAGCAGACGUUCGCUUCUUCCCUGUUCUGGGAGAGACUACUCUUGAAGACGGCACCAAGGAGCCACCGCCAGAGUCGCGGACUGGCAUCUGCAAGUUUACAGUAGAGCAGGCCAAGGAACUCGAUGGCAGCAAGAGCAUGAUUGGACAAUUGAGUCCGUAUGCCGUCCUACUCCUCAACGGACAUGAAAUCCACAAAUCACGCACCAUGAAACGAACCAACCAACCCAUCUGGCCAGACGCCUCUAAGGAGAUGCUCAUUACCGACCGUAAGAAGGCAAAGCUAGGCCUUGUAAUCAAAGAUGACCGCGAACUUGGAACUGAUCCGAUCCUUGGCACUUACCAAAUCACCAUUGAUGACAUGUUGGAGUUGAUGGCCAAGGGCCAUGAGUGGUACAACAUUGCCGGUACCCAAAGUGGCCGUGUGAAGAUGAAGCUCGAUUGGAAGCCUGUCGCACUCAAGGGGGCCGUGUCAUCGGGUGGUUAUCUUACGCCUAUCGGUGUCAUGCGACUGCACUUCCAAAGCGCUCGUGAGCUGCGUAACCUCGAAGCGCUCGGCAAGUCUGAUCCGUACGUCCGCGUUUUGCUCUCUGGCAUUGAAAAGGGUCGUACAGUCGUCUUCAAGAACAACCUCAACCCAGACUGGGACGAAGUCAUAUAUGUGCCUGUACACACCGUCCGCGAGAAGCUUACGUUGGAGGUUAUGGACGAGGAGAAUCUUGGCAAAGACCGCACAAUGGGACACAUUGAACUUCUGGCUGGUGACUACAUCAAGCAGGACGAGAACGGUGAAUAUCUUGAAUACGAACAAAAGCAGCCUACUGCAGGAGCUUUGAGGAUGGCCGGACAAUCUCAAUCUAGAGGCACGCUAAACUAUACCUGUUCAUUCUACCCAACCUACCCAACCUGGGAUCCUGAGGAAGACGAAGAAGAGAAUGAGGAAGAGAAGAAGGUUUCAGCUAAUGGCUCUGCAUCGGAUGACCCCAAGAUCGGCGGCCACCAGCGCGUAAUGUCCAAUUCUUCCCUCGCAAGCAAAGCCGAGACUGUAGGCACAAUCUCAUCACUCAAGUCGAGCGAGAAGGACAUGCUGAAGGAGCUUGAGAAGAACGAGCUGCAACAGGUUGAUUCAAUUCCCGAGAAGAGGGAGAUUGAAAAGCUGAGGCUUACUGCAGACGAGUUGCAGAAAUAUGAAUCUGGUCUACUUGUGUUCAAGCUCAUCGAUGGCGAGUUUGCCAGGACUGGUGGUCAUGUCGAUGUCAUUAUGGACGACAUGGCAUACGCUAGUUAUAUCAGCACCAAGAUCAGGAGUAAUAAGAUGACUUUCAACGACGUUGGUGAUACUAUGAUUCGAGAACUGGACUUUUCCAAGAUCACUCUCCGUAUCAUGGAGCAUGAUGACAACGACAGCGAAGACCAGGAUGACCAUGUCAUUGCCAAGUUGACUGGAAACACCAUUGACACGCUGCGGAAAGCUUUGAACACACCCACCACUUUUACCCUGAAAGAUAAGCAUGGACGCGACAACAGGAUCACUGUGCUGCUCAAGUACAUUCCCGUCAAGAUGCGCCUAGAUCCCAGCGAGUCAUUCAACAACCAGGGUACUCUCCGUGUAGACGUACUUGACGCGGCGGAUCUGCCUGCAGCUGACCGCAAUGGCUUCUCAGAUCCUUACUGCAAGUUUAUGCUCAACGACAAGGAAGUAUACAAGACCAAGACACAGAAGAAGACGCUUCAUCCUGCUUGGAAUGAGUACUUUGAAGUACCAGUGCGUAGCCGGACAGCAGCCGACUUUGUUGUUAACGUCUACGACUGGGACUUUGGCGACAAAGCUGACUUCCUUGGCAAAGCCUCCAUCAACCUGGAGAUUCUCGAGCCUUUUCAGCAACAAGAAGUUACACUCGCACUCGAUGGAAAAUCUGGUGCCAUUCGUCUGCGCAUGCUGUUCAAACCAGACUAUGUUAUGCGUUCACGCCAGGGCUCAAGUACCUUCUCUGGCACUUUUGCUGUUCCGGGCAAGGUCAUUGGCGCCCCCGUAAAGGGUGUCGGCAAGGGCGCUGCAUUUGUAGGCGGUAAUGUCGUUCGUGCAGGAACAUUCCUCGGCCGUGGCUUCAAGCGCAGAAAGUCUCGUGGCGAAGCCCCAGAAGACGAACCCGAGCGUCCAGACACUGCUACAGACCGGCCAUCGGCUGACACGCCCGUCAUCUCGAUCGAAGGUGAACCCAGCACACCCCCGAAGGAUGGUUCGAACCACAAUAGACAUCGUAGCUGGGGCGCUUCAAGCCUCCACAGUCGCUUUGGUGAUAACAAUGGUAUCGGCAGCGCAGAGCAAGGUACGGCCAACAUUACUGUCCUGAGCGCCGACGGCUUCGCCUCCAAUACCAAUCUCCGCGUACACAUUCAGCUCGGCAAGAAGGAAAUCCACAAGACAGAUCACAUCAAGGCUCCCCAGGGCUCUGCGACAUUCGACCCGUCCGAAGAGUCCUUCAAGGUGCCCUGUACCGCCGAUGCCUUUUUCAAAAUCAUCGUCAAGAACCACGCUAAAUUCGGUCGCGACGAGGAGCUUGGUGAGGCUCAGUUCACAGUUUCUGAUCAGGGCAGUGGCAGUGAACAGAACAUAGGUGUGGGCAAGGGUAUGGUAACGCUUCGCACAAGUUUCCAGCCCAGCGACGCUACGAGCCAGCAUGGUAGCAUUAGUCCAAGACCCAAAGGACGGGGUGGUCUGCUGAGGAGAGAUCGGAGUACGACGCCUGCUUAGGAGGAACGGAGUCGUCGAGGAAGUCUGAAGCAGAGUCUGCGGCGUUUUAGUGGUGGUAGUGGUGGCGGCGGCGGAGGAGGAGGAGGAGGAAAGGAUAUGGCAAUAGAGGCUUUGGUGGAAAGAAGGGGUACAAUCUCGGCGUUGAGGGGUUGGAUUAAGCAAGGUGAGCUAAGAAGGCAGGAUACAGUGGUUUGAUCUGGUCUGUU